AUGCUUUGGAAGAUACUCUUCACAUCUUUGCCGCUUCUGGCGGAGGCUGCGCACCUCGACUCAUCACUGCUGCAGCAGAAGCCCUUGCUGGACUCCAAGCCAGCAUCUGGACAUGUAAUCCCCCUUACACUGGACCAAAGUCUUCGUUACACCUACCCUAUCUCCUCUGAUGACUUCAACUCCAUGCCUCUCGAGCAUCUCCAAAACACAAUGGCCACCUACAGCACUGGAGGACCCACUCAGGAAACUAUAACCAUCAGCAUCCCCCUCAACACCUCACUCCCCGGCACCGCCACCUUCUUCACAAUCUCCAAAUCAAAACCAUGGUCACAAGCUGCCAAUCAGUUCACCUGGAUGCAGCAGCAGCGACUACAUCUCCAACCAACCCUAGGCGCUCACCUCCCGUUACUGGGCAUUGGCAUUCGGAAAAGCGGUAUGAUCUCUAUGCCUGCUGAAUCCGCCACGCUCGAUCUAAGCACACCAUACAUACAUGUUCCGAAGGGCAUUUGGGACGUCUUGCUACUAGCUACCAGUACCGAGCAGCAAGCUAGAGAGGGAGAGGAGGUGCUAUAUGUAGAUUGUGGAGCGUUGAAUGUUUUUCCUGACUUGGUGUUCGGGAUUGAGCGAAGGGGCUAUGCGGAGGGAACGGAAGAGCAUGCUGCGGAGCAAGAGGAAGAAGACGAUGACGAGUUGAUCAUCAGACCCGAACAGUAUAUCUUGCAGACUACAGAAGGAAAAUGCAUGCUUCUAGCUAGGAAUGCGGACUCUUGUCAUGAUGACAAAAGACUCAUCAAGCUUGGUUGGGCGGCGGUCAGGGGUCGUGAUGUUGUGUUAGACUGGCGUGCAGGACGGGUUGGUUUUGGAGAAUAG